AUGAAGCGUUGUACCAGCGCAUUGGCUGCUAUAGCCUCUCCCUCUCCCGUCUUCCGUCAUACGUUCUCAGUAAGCUCGAGGCUGAGGCAGAUAGAAGAUGUCGGCACUCUGCCGGGGAGGGUGUUUCCAAGAUAUGAAGAGUCCGGAGGAAGUGAUUUACUUGCCUUGCAAUGGCCCGGGCCGCCCAGGAACAUCCUGUUGAUGAAGAAGAAGGGAGCUCCGGAAGUGACUCAGUCGGUGGUUGAAUUCGCAAACCAUAUAAAGUCGAACUAUGCACCGAUAUCAGUUAUCCUUGAACGAGACACGGCGGCCGAGAUACAUGAGUCCCUCCCGUUCCCGGUAUAUACCAACGUGUCGGAGGCAUCGAUGCCUCCGGAAAAGGUAGACCUGAUAGUGACGCUGGGCGGAGACGGGACGAUUCUACGGGCCUCGUCGCUCUUUGCGACGUCCAAGACGGUACCGCCGAUACUCUCCUUUAGCAUGGGCACGUUGGGCUUUUUGGGAGAGUGGAAGUUCUCAGAGUACAAAGGGGCGUUUCGAGAGGUAUACAUGUCUGGAGCUGGGGUUGGCGAGCGAGCACCUCUCCUUGAGAACGAAGGAGGAGAAGAAGAACAUACUGCUACUGGUGGUCUUACUACUGCUGCUGGUGGUGCAGGAGGGUGGUCGAGGCUACGGGGAAAAUCCAUGGGAACAUCUCGCAGCGCACGCAUCUUGGUCCGCAGCCGACUACGGGUAGGCGUGUUCACACCGGAGGGAGAAGCCGUGCACAGCAACGGGGUGACACUCACCUCGCCCAAGGAGGCCGACACAGGCGUCUACGCUAUGAACGAAGUGGUCAUCCACCGCGGCCGACAGGCACAUCUGGCCAUCGUCGAGGUGUUUGUUGGCGGCCGGUUCCUCACCGAAGCAGUCGCAGACGGGAUGAUCGUCGCAACACCCACAGGCAGCACGGCGUACAGUCUCUCGUGCGGCGGGAGCAUCAUCCACCCUCUCGUGUCUUCCCUGCUGCUUACACCGAUCUGUGCACGAAGUCUAAGUUUCCGGUCCCUGGUCGUGCCGUCCAGAACGCCGGUGACGCUCCGGCUGAGCGAGAAGAACCGUGGGCGGGAGGUGGAAGUCAGCAUCGACGGGGUGACGAUGGGACAGGGCCUGCGAGUGGGCAUGGAGGUGCGUGUUUGGGGCGAGGACAUCACGGUCGUCGACGGUGCCUGGCACGGCGGCGUGCCGUGUGUGAUGCGCAAGACCGUUGGUGCCGGCGGCGCUGCGGACGGCUGGGUAGGGGGUCUCAACGGCCUGUUGAAGUUCAACUACCCCUUUGGCUCGGAGUCUUGA